AUGAGCUACGCAACAAAUCUUCUAACGGCUUAUCCUCCUUCAUAUGACCGAUCUACAUUAGUAAGUGAUGAUCUUGUUCAAAAUUCAUCAUUCCGAACUUUCUAUGAACCAUCUAUACCUUAUAUAAAUGGUAGUCGGUUACAUAGUGAUGAUUUAACAUUUAAUCAAUUAGAUCUUGGUCCAACAAGUUAUCGUUCAUCAAUAUAUUCACAUUUUCCAGCAACAAGUUAUCGAACAUCAUCAAUAACAGAUUGGCGUCGAGAUGUUCAACCACAAAAUACAUAUAAUUCAUUGAAUAAUAUAAGAGAAUAUUCUGAAAGUCUUGGCACAGCAUCAAAUACAACUACAGCAUCAAGUGUAGCACAUUCAAUUAAUGAUAAUAAUCUAAAUGGAUCAAUGAAUAUAUAUCCUAAUUAUCAACAAAAUUAUAAUCGAUUAUAUAAUGAUGUUGAUAGAAAUCCACAUGUGACUACAAUGUGGAAUCCAGUACAACCAAAAAUUCAAACAAAUGAUGAAAAACCAACAUCUACUUAUCGUUCACUUCCUAAUUUGUCAGCAACUAUUCUACAAAAAACAUCACUUACGGAAAUAUCAACUAAAGAUAAAACACCAAUUCCAUCACCACUAUCAACAUUAACAAAACAAGAAAAUAAUAUUCAAACAAAUUCAACAUCAAUUGAAAAUGAAAAACAACAAUCAUCUAUUGAUACUCAAAUAUCAUCAAAUGAAAAAAAAGAUGAAACAUCAAUGGAUGAAAAACUUGGUCAACAAGACUGGACAAUUAAAAUAGAUAAAUUACAUACAAUGAAAGCACAACGUGAAAAAGAAAAAGCUAAAUCAUCGCGUGCAUUACCAAGUAUAUCAAAAAAAAUUGAUAAUCAACCAAUAAUAAAUAAAUCAACAACAGCUAAUGAUAAUAAAGCUCGUGAAGUAUCAUUUCAAAUGAGAAGUGGUUCAUAUUUUGAUUCACUUUUUGAUGGAAAUUUUUUUCGAAAAUCUUCAACACAUCAACAAAAUCUAAAUUCAUCUUAUCAACAAACAUUAUCAAUACGAAAUAAACCAAAUUCAAAUUCAUUUCGCAAGUUUUCUAAAGAAAUAAAUUAUUAUAUUUAA